GCUUCUGCGUCAGUAACAGCCCCUCUCGUGCCAAUAGCAUGAGGUGGUAGGGCAAAGUCUGGGUAACCUGGAGCACGAGCCAUCGUACCACCCCAAGCCAUGGAGGUGCUUUGAAACCACUCCGUGAUCCUCUGACUGCUGGUGAUAGUUGUGCCAACCUACGGAAGGAAGAACCAUGACUUCAGUUCUCUACAGCCCCCGCCUUCAACUGGAUGAGAACCUUGAACAGAUGCAACAGGGGACAAUGAUGCGCAAGGUGAAGUCCAAGAACUGGAAGAAACAACGGUACUUCAUGCUGCAAGAUGACUGUAUGACCGUGUGGUACAAAUCCAAGAUGUCAGGCACUGCCAAGUCCGCCUACUCGGUGAGUGAUGUGGAGACUGUGCGUGAGGGACACCAGUCGGAGGUACUGCAAAGUCUAGCUGACGAGUUUCCAGCUGAGUGCUGCUUCACCGUUGUCUUUUAUGGUCGCCGUAGCAACCUAGACCUAAUUGCCAGCUCAGCCGAAGAGGCUCAGUGUUGGAUCCAAGGCCUGCGACGCCUUAUGGAGGUCGUCACUAACAUGGAUCAGAAGGAGAAGAUAGAUCAAUGGAUUUGUGAUUGGUUCCAGAAGGCUGAUAAGGACAGAGAUGGGCGCAUGAACUUCAAGGAAGUGCAGCACCUGCUUAGGAUGAUGAACGUGGAUAUGAAUGAGGACCAUGCCUUACGGCUCUUCCAGAUGGCUGACAAAUCAGAGACGGGAACCCUGGAGGGAGAGGAGUUUGUGCUCUUCUACAAAGCGCUGACUCAGCGGGACGAGGUGCUUGAGCUCUUCGAGGAGUACUCUGAGGAUGGCAAGAAGCUGACACUGCUGGAGUUUGUAGACUUCUUGCAGCAGGAACAGAUGGAGCGGGAUGGUACUGAUGAGCUUGCCAUGGUGCUGAUUGACAAAUAUGAGCCGUCUGAAACAGCCAAGGCCCGCCACGGCCUGAGCAUUGAUGGAUUCCUCAUAUACCUGUGCUCGCCAGAUGGCUCCAUCUUCAACCCUGAGCACCGGAAGGUCUUCCAGGACAUGUCUCAGCCCCUCUGCCAUUACUUCAUCUCCUCCUCCCACAACACGUACCUGAUGGACGACCAGUUGCGAGGACAGAGCAGUGUCGAGGGAUAUAUCAGGGCUCUGAAGCGGGGCUGCCGGUGCCUAGAGGUGGACUGUUGGGAUGGAUCCAAUGGGGAGCCCAUUGUCUACCAUGGCCAUACCUUCACCUCUAAGAUCCUCUUCCGGGAAGUUGUGACAACACUUGAGAAAUAUGCAUUCCGGGGUUCCGAUUACCCCAUCAUCCUAUCUAUCGAGAACCACUGCAGCAUUGAGCAGCAGGAUAUCAUGGCAGAGCAGCUGAAAGGAAUUCUGGGAGAGCAGCUCCUCACCACCACCAUAGAUGGGUGUGUCCCUGCGCAGUUGCCUUCACCUGAGGAACUGAAGGGCAAGAUCAUUCUGAAGGGGAAGAGGAUUGGAUACCUGGAGGAUUCUCUGAAUGGGCAUCCAGACGGCACUCCUGAGCGGGAAGAUGUGGAGGAGGAGGAGGGGGCAGAGGCAGAAGAAGAAACUCUGCGCAACGAAGACAAGAGGAAAGAGAAGAAAACCAAGCAAUCCCUCUCCAAGGAGCUGUCUGACUGUAUUAUCUACUGCAAGAGUGUGCCCUUCUGCAGCUUCCAGCAUUCCCGUAGCCACUACAAGCCUUAUGAGAUGUCCUCCUUCGCUGAGUCCAAGACCCGCAAGCUCAUCCGAGAGGCUGGGAAUGACUUUGUCCGCCACAAUGCCUGGCAGCUGACGCGUAUCUUCCCCAGUGGGCUGCGGACGGAUUCCUCCAAUUACAACCCUCAAGCAAUGUGGAAUGUGGGAUGCCAGCUUGUGGCCUUGAAUUUCCAAACGGCUGGAUCAGAAAUGGACUUAUGCGACGGGCUCUUCAGUCAAAAUGGCCGCUGUGGCUACGUGUUGAAGCCAAGCUUCAUGAGGGACAUAGAGACAGCCUUCAGUCCUGAAAACCCCCAAAGCAGGGGUGAAGGCAGCCCCCUGAAACUAAUCAUUAAGGUCAUUAGUGGGCAGCAGCUCCCCAAGGUGCCCAACAGCAAAGAUGGCUCCAUCGUGGAUCCACUAGUGCGGGUGGAGAUUCAUGGGGUCCCUGGUGACAGUGCCAAGCAGGAGACAAAAUACAUUGAUAACAAUGGUUUUAACCCGCAGUGGGGUGAGGUCUUUCAGUUCCUAGUGUGGGUUCCAGAGCUGGCACUUCUGCGCUUUGUGGUGGAGGAUUAUGAUAAGGCAUCUCGGAACGACUUUGUGGGGCAGUACACGCUACCUCUUACUAGUGUCAAAGCAGGAUACCGCCACAUUCACCUUCUUUCCAAGGAUGGCACAGGGAUCCCACCAGCAUCCUUAUUCGUCCACAUCGAGAUCAUCGAGUUGUCAGCCGAGAUUGACUAAGCCACACUGCCGCAUCUCAAAACAUGGUUCUUCCCUCUCCAACCCAUUUUAGUUUUGGAGAAUACGGGCGAGUAAAGGAGGCUAGAAUCUUAUGGAAGGUUAAGGCCACUCCAUCCGCCCGCCUCUCUCUUUCUCUUGUAUACCUAUGCAGGACUGGACUGGACAGAAAUGCUACUUUGCACUACUAAGUUAUUUAUUUAUUUUUAAAAACCAAUUUUGUAUCAUUUUGCUAUUUUAUUUUUAUUAUUUAUUGUGAUUUGCACAGAUCCCAGAUCCUUUGAGCAGGCUCCAACCCAAUCUGUCCAUUCCUAUAGUUCUGUUAUGAUAAAAUCUACCUCCGUUGUGGACUAAGGACAGACUAGACUGCUACAGCCAGGAAUAGAACCUAUUUAUUGCAAGGCAGAGUGAGUUUCCUUCAACCAACCUGCCCACCAAGCAUGCAUUUCCCCCAUACCUGUGUUUUAACUCAAACCCCUUCAUCUGGGCAUGGACAUAGAUCCCGUCUGGCUGCCAUCUUUAAAGCAGGAUCAGACAGUGAAUGAUCAAACUGUUCCUGGAAGCUGCUGCCUACAUUUGGCAACACCUUGGGGGGGGGGAAUUGGAGGCCCCAGCUGCAGCUGAUGUAGCAGCAUCUUUUCCCUGAAGAGUUUUCCCCUGCCUCCUACAGAGGAAGAGAGGCAGGAGAGCAUGAAUUGUUGGGUCAUCCGCUCUUUCACCUUGCAAAUUACACGGGACAGAGAACAAAUGUUUCUCUAUUCUUUGCCUUUCAGUUUCUUAUCUGAAAGGCAGGAGAAUAGAGCAGGAUUUCCCAUUCUACCUGGGUUGCACAUCUCUCCUGUCACUCUCAUCCAGGUAGGAGCUAACAGUUAUAUCAGCCGUGCAUGUUAAUCAUGAUGACAUGCAUGUGUGAAAAAACAGACACCGCACAUCAAAUGUCAUGCACCAAGUUGCUAACAGUGUGCCUUCUACAGCAGAGGCAGUUGACAUGUUUAGGCUGAAGUCAUCAAGUGAUGUGCAAUCCAUGCUGGCGUGUGACUCAGCACUCAGGCAAAGAGUAGCAGGCAUGUAUUUUCAUUUAUUGCUUGCGGGCUGUCUUCAGGCUAGAAGGGGUACCAACUCCAUCAAGCAUUUGCUGACAAAGGAGUUCUGGCAGCUAACACCCUAGCCCUAUUUUUAUAUAGAAAGACAUGGGCUAGGCAUGACUCUUAUAGCAACUCCAAGUAGGAAGAGUUAAGAUACAUUUAGACGAACUUGCUUUUUUUUCUACCUAUAACAGUAUUUAGACAAAUGACUCCAGAAUAAGAAUACAUCCACAGUAGGAAUACUUUAGCAGUCUAUAAACCCUAUAGAAAAUCACUCCUCUUCCCUGAUGCAUUCCAUCUACCAACCUGUUUAAUUUUGUACAACUAUAGAAGCUUGUCCACUGGUUUGCACCCAGAGCUCAACUACUUAUUCUUAGCCUGAUCUUACUAUAGGUAGACUCUCCUGCUUUUAGGUUAUUUUUACUUCUGUUGUUUUACGCUAUCCAAUCAAACCAAACAGAGCACGUAAAUCUUCCACAUAGGAGGCAGAACACUAUGGUUGCUGAAAGGCAAUCCUCUUAUGUAGGAUAUAACUUUUACCGGGUGACAGAGGAAGCUGGUAGAAUGACAGAGGCCUGUUGAUUAAAAAUCUAAAGGCAAGAGGUAACUUAACACGGCUAAGACAUAAGAACACAUGAAGAGCCAUGCUGGAUCAGACCAAAGGCCUGUCCAGUAUAGCAUUCUGUUUGCACAGUGGCCAAGUAGAUGCCUGUGGGAAGCCCACAAGCAGGCCAUGAGUGCACCGUCUUCCUCUCACUUAUGUCCCAGAAACUGGCAUACAAGGGUAGCGAAGACACGAAGAAGGAAUUUGGUAAAGCUGCAUCCACCUUAGGUCUACAUGGGCUAGAGGCCCAUAUU